UUUUGUGGCCCUUCUUUCAGUCGAUAUUACUUUCUCCAUUGCCAGACCAAAGAAGAUCGGAGCGAGAUGAUGGAGGGAAUCGACGGACAGAGUUCGGAGCCUGUUCGGUACACGUUGAAGCCGGCGCGCAUAAACAAUGAGGACAUACUGUUCUGCAUAGAUGUGGACGCAGAAUCGAUGGUGGAAAUGAAAGCCACAGGUCCUAAUGGGAGGCCACUGACCAGAUUGGACGCGAUCAGGCAAGCUAUCCUUCUCUUCAUCAAUUCCAAGCUCUCCAUCAACCCUGAACAUCGCUUUGGUUUCGCGGCUCUCGCUAAAUCCGCUUCUUUGCUCCGUAAAGAGUUUAGCAGUGAAGUUGAGUUUGCUAUAACUGUGCUUCGGGGCCUCUCAACUUCAUCUUCUGGUCAAGCUGAUCUCACACAUCUAUUCAAGAUAGCAGCUCAUGAAGCAAAGAAAUCUCGUGCCCAGCACCGGAUAUUCAGGGUGAUUCUUAUCUACUGUAGGUCAUCUGUACGACCACAACAUCAAUGGCCUGUAAACCAGAAGCUCUUCACUUUAGAUGUUAUAUACCUUCAUGACAAGCCUGGACCUGACAACUGCCCCCAGGAAGUCUAUGAUGCACUUGUUGACACCCUCGAACAUGUCAGCGAGUAUGAGGGCUAUAUCCAUGAAAGUGGGCAGGGGCUAGCACGUGCUCUAUUCCGACACAUGUGUGUGCUUUUAUCACACCCUCAGCAGCGCUGCCAACAAGAUGAUCUUGACAUACCCAAGUCUCUUGUAAAGAAGUCUCCGGCAGCUGAUUCAGCGAAUGCUGAAGAUAGUGUUACUGUAUCUAGCCAGUGAAUGAAAAAUCCACUUUGUAAGUUCACUCGUCCUCUGAUUUGGUUUUCAUUUGCUUGCUUUUAGUGUGUGCUGUUUGAAAGAUGUAUGUUGACUUCCUCUUUCCUGUACCAGUUGCAAAUCCAUUUAACAAGAAAUUCAGAAUGGAUCAUGAUAUCAAA